UUGCUUCGAGAACAAGAUCUACGAGCACUUCUGGCACCACUGGCGAAAAGGACAUUGAACUGUCUUACACAACAUACCCUGGGCUCUCAGAGGACCACAAAGUUGACAGAAAUAAACGUCCGAUCUUCAUGCUGCACGGUUUAUUCGGAGCAAGAGGAAAUUUCCACAGCAUAUGCAAACAGUUGUCACAAAAUGGAAGAAAGAUAGUACCAUACGAUGCCCGUAACCACGGCGACAGCGACCACCGGCCAGAGAUGAACUACAGUGUGAUGGCGGAGGACCUGCUGGGACUGAUGGCCGACCUGAAGCUUGACCGACCGGUCGUCCUGGGCCACAGUAUGGGCGGCAAGUCGGCCAUGACAGCUGCGCUUAGGCAGCCCGACGCUCUGACUGCUCUGAUCGUGGCAGACGUGGCCCCGAACCCCAGCCCCCACAUGUCCAGGAUGACGGACUACGCCGAGGCCAUGAGGAACGUGAAGCUUCCGGAACAUCUGAGUGUCGUGAAGGCCCGCGCCGAGGCUAGGCUACAGCUCUCCUCGGUGGUUCAGGAUCGGAUGGUGCGGGAAUUUCUCCUGACAAACCUGCGAGAGUUUGCGCCACAGCAGAUCGGCUGGCGGAUAAAUCUCGACGCUAUCAUCGACCACAUGGACGAGCUGGCGAGGAUGCCAGGACUCGACUCCGAGCCCUUCACGAAGCCGACCCUCUUUAUAUUUGGUGGAGACUCCGACCACUACAAAAACGCGGACUUCGGGCUGAUCAAGGCGCUGUUUCCCGCGGUCCACACGGAAGUGAUCCCCGGGGCCAAUCACUUCCUGCACGCAGACAAGCCGCUCGAGUUUGUGGAAAUCGUCAACAAUUUUGUCCGAGAUCUGGACGACUCGCAAUGAUUUUGUUAAGCAAAGAUUUUUUUUGUUUUAAAUAUUUAAAAAAACAAUUUUGUUUAGUGCCAUUUCCAGGUGAGUUUUGAUGUCUCGAAGAGAUUGUUGAUAAAUACCUCAGAAGUGACUUGCGUUUAAGUCAUGUGGUGAUUUGUUUGAUUGUUUCAUGCAUUCUAUAUAAGAAAACUCUCCCGUGUUAUUUUAUUACAUUUAAAAAGGCCUUUGUGCUGUUAUUUAAUUUUUAUUCCCACAUGCAUAACCUGCCGACCAGUACCGGUAUUUAAAAAAUGUAUUUAUAAUACGUUUAUAUGAUGGGAGUCUGAGUAUGAACUUUUGUUUUUUUUAUCAGAAAAUACGUAUUCUCUGUUUUCUAGUGUUGCACCUCACGGACUUGUCGAUGCUGAAAAAAUAUUAUUGACUUCCAAAACCAGAUUUAUGAAUUAUAAUGUACAAAAAAAAUCUACUUCGUAAAUUGAGAUUUUGUGCUACAGGACAGGUCUACUUUGAAUAGUUAGAAUUUUUUGAAUGCAGAAAAAGUGUGUGUAAAAGGUUUGGAAGUGGGAGGGGGGUGGGGUGACACUCGGCUAGUGCCCACCAUCUUGACAUCCCCCUGAGGAGUGAGUCUGUUUCUUUUUUAAAAGUUGUCAUUUGUGCUUAUGAAGAUUUAUUUUGUGUAUUUCGUCGGCAAGCUGUUUAGAUGUAUCGAGCCAAGAAAGCAAAACUUUACAGGAGAGAUAGGAAAAAAACAAACUGCUCCAUUCUUCUAACUAACAAAUGUUCUUAUACCAACACUGUAUACCUUUUUGUGGCUUUUUUCAACAUUUUUAGGAUUUGAAUUUCGACAAAAUAUUUCUAGAACACAUGCAACUGAUCUAUCACUGAUGAAGAAACUGCAAAAUGGUGUUGUUUUUUCUAAAGUUUGGGCCCAGCACAUUUUAAGAGCUGGUCGAUAUUUUGCUUUCUCUCCUUUUGGUGAAUUUAGAUCUCCUACUUCAGCUGCACGGUGACCUCAGGAGUUUUGUUGUUGAAGUUUUUAUUCCGACGAUGCAGGUGCAAUUUCCUUGUGUGGUUUACACGACUCGAUGUGCCAGGUUUGAUCUGUUUACUCAAAACUGGUGAUGAAUUAUUUAUUAUUACUGGGACCGGUACUUUGUUUUUCUUCAUGACAAUGAUUUGUGUUUGAGAAGACAGCAGUGUCUUUAAACCGAAAUCUGGAGGGCCGUGAGAUUUUCUGCUGUUGGGCCUUGUUUUCAGUUAAAUUAUAGCUCAAAUAGUGGAGAAAAAUAUUGGAGAUUCUAUUUUCAUUCAGUUUACCAUUGUUUUUGGAUUAACUGUGUUUGAUUUAAGCAUACUAUAUAUAUAUACAUACGAUGUAUAAAUUUUUGGUUCGUUGGCCCAGUAUAAGAAA